GACCUCCGUGCCGUGGCCAAUCCUCGGACGCGCUGGCGUUGUCACGUGGCGUGGAGCUUCCUUUCUCUGUGCGCCUCUCUUUCCUUCUUUGGCCGCCAUCUUGUUCCCACCUCGUGUUGGGCUGCGGAGGCUCCGUCGGACUCAGUCGCAGCACUAUGAACCAAGAAAAACUGGCCAAGCUUCAAGCGCAGGUCCGAAUAGGAGGAAAGGGUACAGCUCGCAGAAAGAAGAAGGUGGUGCACAGAACAGCUACAGCUGAUGACAAAAAACUUCAGAGUUCCCUCAAAAAACUGGCAGUAAAUAACAUUGCUGGCAUUGAAGAGGUGAACAUGAUAAAAGAUGAUGGAACAGUUAUUCACUUCAACAACCCCAAGGUUCAAGCUUCCCUCUCUGCUAACACUUUUGCAAUCACUGGUCAUGCAGAGGCUAAACCGAUCACAGAAAUGCUUCCAGGCAUCUUAAGCCAGCUUGGUGCUGACAGCUUAACAAGUCUCAGGAAGUUAGCUGAACAAUUCCCAAGACAAGUGUUGGAUAGUAAAGCACCAAAAUCUGAAGAUAUUGAUGAAGAAGAUGACGAUGUUCCAGAUCUCGUAGAAAACUUCGAUGAAGCAUCAAAGAAUGAAGCUAACUAAAACAUUCAUAGUUCUGGAAGCUGGCAUGGACUAGAUUUAAGAAAUCAGCUAUGUGGUUCCAAAGUUUUAAAGAAAUGGAGAACAUCAUCUGUUAAUAAUUCAGUAAUAUAAAUAUUUUGUAUUUUUAUGAUGCUGUUUGUUCAGCAUUUUCUGUCAGUUGAUUUUGCAUUUUGCACUUACUCCCAGGAUCUACUCUUUUGGUCAAAAAGAAAUGUCAGUGCAGUUUGAGGGGUGCGUGCAUGUGCGUGUGUGUAUGUGUGUGGGUGUACAUAUAGUGGAGGACAAAUUGGAGAACACUUAUUUAACCUUUUCCCCCUUUGGAAGUAGAAAUAGAAUCUACCUUUAGCAUUGUUACUUUUGAUGAUCACGGAAUAGUACACAGAAGGUAGUUGAGAUGAAAACUUUGUCCGCAUUUUGUGACCUGAAGGCAUCACACCAUUAAAACUUGGGUUUCAUUUGCUGUUAACUGUUGUACUUGCAGAUGUUUCUCAUCCCUGUUGCGCUGUCCACGUGAUACUUGCUAUCAACCUUGUGUUGAUUCCAGAUGAUACCGAGGACAAGCUGUAUUACUGGCCUGUUUGGUGCAGUAACUUCUUAAACAAGAGAACUUGGUCUUGGAAAAGGUGCUUUUUUUUUUUUUCUUUAACCUUUCUGAACUUCUUUUUUUCUUUUUUGUCAUCUCUUUAACCUUUUGAGGCAAACUGAUGUUUGACUCCUGUGUAAGCUUAGCAGUGUGUUCUCCUCUUGGUUACGUGGAGCAUUCCCCAUGUCAAAAGGAAAACAAACACCUUGGUUGUCUACUAUCAGGUCGCUUCCUAAACUUGGAGGUCUAGUCAGUAACAGUCCAGUGCACCAUUUUGCACAGUAACAGAUUUUUGCUUGAGUAACUUCAAGCUGUUCUCUUGGCGUGACUGCAUUUACUAGCAGCUGAUGAUCCACUGUCAUUCUUAUGGCACUAGGAAUUAAAUGCAUCGUGUGAGCAGUGUUUAAGGUGGGAGGAAGAAGUUGUUGACAUUUUGCCUUGCCUCCUGCUGGGCAGUUUGUGCAAUGACUGGCUCUAAAGGGAUCUAUUUUUUUUUUGCCUGUAACUUACCUUUGCCUAUAACCUACCUCUAGGUUUGGUGUCAUCUUUGUAGCAGCUUCUUAAAGACCAGAAAUGCUCCUCAGGCAUAAGGAGGACAUUAGGAGGUACUGUUGGUACAGUGCAGUAUUUAUGACCUUUCUUUAAAAUGCUUAAUGUGAACCCGUUUUCUCGGAGGCUCUUUUAAGGUUCUUGAUGUAAUGUGCUUUACAGUAUAGUUAGACAUCAUUGUAACCUGUGUCAAGGGCAGCUGUGGCUUAACAAAGCCAGUUUUGGGGUUUUUUUUUCCUCUACAUCUGUCACUUAACUAUGGCUUAAUUGGAACAUAUCAGCUUUUUAUGUAGGCUCAUAUGCUAGAGAACUGUAAAUGUACACGGUAAAGACUACACAAGUUCUGGUGACAUGAUCAGAAACCCACAAAAGCAGAGCUGUAGUGGUUUGUCACCCGAACUCCUCAGUUUAUUUUAUAGGCUUUAUUCGGUUUUUCCUGUUGAUUUAUAUACUACAUGGAUCUUGCUACAAAAUAAAGCAACAGUACAAAAGAGGAAGUGCUCCCUCUUGUGUGUUAUCUCCUCUUCCCACUAGUAGUAGCUGAGGGAUGAUGGAUGGGAUGGGGCAGCUGUUUCAAACAGCACAACAUCCUCACAUACGGUGGCUGAGGAAGAUAGAUGCAGGACUAGGGAGGAUCCUGUUAGAGCUUUAGGAUAUCACACUCCCAUAUACCCACUCUCCUAUUUUCCCUGCCAUGUUGAAUGAAGCUUUGGUUUGUUGUAUGUCUAAUCAGCUGCAGAUGCAUUUGUUCUGUGUUUAAGGUAGAGGUGUCUUCAUUAAUGUGUGCACAGGCAUGCUGAACUGCUUUGCUGCCUCUGCAAGCUCAGAAAGCAAAUGGAGGAUACUAAGAAACAGGUAUUUGCAAUGUUCCAUUUGCUUAAGGGGCAUGAGUAAAGGAUGUUUUGAAGUAGCAACUGUACUGAGUUCAUGUAUAGGACAUCCCCUCCCCUAAUCAGGCACUGAAAAGUCAUGCUCAUUGGUUUCUGAUAGAGGAAGUAUGUCAGAAGUAAUUUUGUGAGAGAUUGAGAGUAAGCAUUGGAAACAGUGAUUUGUAAGUUUCUAUAGUUGAACUUUCUGAUUCCUACAAAAUACUCAUUUAAGUUUUGCUCUUGGUCAUGACAAUUUACAUGUUAAACCCUCACUUUUUCCUAUGUUUGGCAACCAGUAAACUAACUAAAUAUGCUAGCUGAUGUAGUUAUAUUAUCUUCAGUUUUUUCACUGUAUCUGGAAACAGUCGACCACUUAUGAUUUGCUGCUGGAAAUACUAGAGCUUAUCAAUCAUUAAACUGAUUUUAAUUAAAAGUAACCCAUCAAGGCUGUUGUGGGCAAA